UCCCCACUAUCCCUCCUUUGUCUUCUUCUUCAACUAGUUAUUCUAAAAUAAUGAGAACAUACACCACAUAAAACCAUCAAUUCAAACCAUCAGAGCUGGAGACCAGUUUUCAAAGUUGAAGGAUCAGAGAUAGAAACAGUGACUCGGUCUCCCCAAGCCCACGGGCUCCCACACCUCACCCUUUAACUUACCUAAAUCAGUUACAGUUGUCAUUUGUUUUAUAACUUCCAGUUUCUGAAGAACCCCAUGAACAUGAAGCAUCAUCCAUCAGAACCAGAAACGCAAACAAAACUCAACAACAUGUCACAUUCUACAACCCCAUCUCGUUUCAGACCAAACUCUAAAACCAGGCAUUCUCCGUCGCCAAAACAAGAAUCUGUGUCCCCAGAUGUAAAGACCAAUGGUAUCACUACAAAGACCAGGAGGUCUCUUGUCUUGAACAGGCCCAAAUUUUCAGAUGAUGCACUGGGAUCUCAAAAACUUGAUGAAGUCAAAGUCUUGGGUCGUUCUGUGAACCGCCCUGUUGUUGAGCAGUUUGCUAGGCCGAGAAGGCCGCGUUCUACAGACGCUUGUUCUGGGAAAAAUAAUGAAGAUGGUGUGGUGAAUGAAGUGAAGAAAGAAUUGGAGGAGAAGGUAAGUUUGAGUGAGAAUUUGGUUAAAGAUUUGCGGGCGGAGGUUGUGGCUUUGAAGACAGAAUUGGAUAAAGCACAGAGCUUGAAUGCAGAGUUGGAGAAGCAGAAAAAUAAGCUUGCUGAUGAUCUUGUUGCUGCUCAAGCUAAGAUUGUUGCACUUAGCAGCCGUGAACAGAGGGAGCCUACUGGAGAGUAUCAGAGUCCUAAAUUCAAGGACAUUCAGAAACUCAUUGCCAACAAAUUGGAACACUCAAUAGUAAGAAAGGAGGUAAUCAAAGAGACAAGUAGUAUUAAGCCACCACCAUCAGGACCAAAAUGUUCUGUUCCAAAAGCCGUGGAUGCAGAAACCAAAGCUCCAACCCAUCCUUCAAUGCUAGCACCUCCACCACCGCCACCACCACCUAGACCCCCAGCCAGAGCAGCUGCCCCCAGAAAGGCUCCUCCACUUGUACAGCUUUAUCACUCAUUAACAAAACAAGAGGGGAAGAAAGAACAAUUAGAGCCGCAGAAUCAUAAUAAACCGGCAGUUUAUAGUGCACACAGUAGCAUAGUUGGUGAAAUUCAAAAUCGUUCAGCUCAUCUGUUGGCAAUAAAAGCGGACAUUGAAACCAAAGGUGAUUUCAUCGAGAGUCUUAUCCAGAAAGUACUUGCUGCUGCUUACACAGAUAUAGAAGACGUUCUAAAAUUUGUGGAUUGGCUUGAUGCUGAACUUUCAUCACUGGCUGAUGAGCAGGCUGUGUUAAAGCAUUUCAAGUGGCCUGAGAAGAAAGCUGAUGCUAUGCGAGAAGCUGCUGUUGAGUAUCGAGAACUUAAGCUGCUGGAGAGUGAGAUCGCAUCCUAUAAGGACGACAUAAAUACUCCUUGUGGUGCUGCCUUGAAGAAGAUGGCUAGCUUACUUGACAAGUCGGAACGGAGCAUUCAAAGGCUAAUUAAAUUGCGAAAUUCUGUUAUGCGUUCUUACCAGGAUUGCAAGAUUCCAGUUGACUGGAUGCUUGAUUCAGGAAUCGUGAGCAAGAUAAAGCAAGCUUCUAUGAAGCUGGCCCAGAUGUACAUGAAGAGAGUAACAAUAGAGUUUGAAUCUGUUCGUAAUUCAGAUAGAGAAUCAACUCAAGAAGCUCUGUUGCUUCAGGGUGUGCAUUUUGCAUACAGGGCUCACCAGUUUGCAGGAGGUCUUGAUUCAGAAACAUUGUGUGCAUUUGAAGAGAUUAGGCAGCGUGUUCCAGGACACCUAGGAGGAUCUCGACAACUGUUAGCCGGCAUACCAAGCUGAUGAGAAUAACAAUAGUUUGU